UCCAGAGGAAUGGGGUGGAAACCGCUAUCGCCUGCCCGAGGGGAGGAGUCACCCGCUGCUCCGCUUUCCCAGUCUUGCUGCAUGAAGUAGAACCCUUUUAAGUCUUCAUCUCCCACUUUAAAACCAAUAUAAGGAAUUUAUUCAUGGGAAACUAUUAAAAGGGACUCACUUUCCGAUGGUGACCCUGACCUCUUUGGCGUUUUAUUUAUUAGGAAGUCCGCCCGGUCGUCUUUAUAAUGGAAACGAGUUUUGCGAGAAGCGCUUACCGUGUGGUUUUCACGGGCUUUCUGCUUGUCCUAAAUACUGUGAUUACCGAAACUUUCUCUCCAGACAGGAACACCGAUAACCCAUUGAGUAACGUUACCGAGACUUUUUUUAUCCGAGUAGCUGGUUUAAAACAAACCUCUUCCUGGCCGGGGAGAGAGGCCACUGCAACAGCUGUGGAUCUGUCGAGUGGACCGGGGCAGAAGACGGACAUUCCCGCCAGUGUGUCCAUCACAAGAGAGGGACAUUCAGGAAAACCUUUAAUCAUCUCUACAAAUACAACUGACUGGAGGAGGACCUCAGAUGAUUCCACUGAACGUCUGCAGACUGACAAAGAGGUUGCCCAAAAUGCCACUUCCCAAUGGGAGGGUCCAUCAGUAGCAUCGCACAGCAUCACCAGCCACCAUCCCAUUACAGAAGUUCGAACAUUGAGAGAGGUUCCUGUAACGGAUCUGAGAGAUGUUAACACCACCGACUCGGUCUCUCAAACUUAUAGCACCUACAUUUCCACAACUAACCGAGUCAGAGAACACACGCUGCUCUCUGUGACUUCCAACAGCACCUCUGCGUACAUUGAGGACUCCAACUCCUCUGAUGCUGUCUCUCAAACUUCCAAGUGGGAAGAAAGAGUGUCGAGAGCCACCCAGGCCAAGGAGGAAACCGUAGAAGAUGUAUCUACAUUGUCUGUUCAGACUGAGCCCACUUUUGAAGAUCGUAAUGCCACCAAUGCAACUCAAGGCCACUCUUUGAAGACCCAGUGGUCAACGUUGUCCCACAGCACUGAGUCACAGACGGGACAAUCUAAUGUCACAGGACAGACCUUUGAGCAGGUGUCUGAUAAUGACAAUCGGAAUUCAACACCCCCUCUUACAAUGAUCAACAGAGAUAAAGGGGAAGUGGACACCACAUAUGUGACUAGUGGGACAUAUUAUACAGAAAAUAGUGACUCUGUGUCAUCUAUCCCACCUUUUACCUCAGGUGAACACAAUGCCACUAGCACAUCCCAACAGAGCCGUGAUUCCACAAUGACUUCUCCACUGAAUACUGAGACUUCCACUGAGUUUUCUACUGGAUCUGUCAGCUCAUCUGGCCAUGAGGAACCCGAAGGGUCUCCAGCCCACACAAUGGAGGAGACAACCAUCCAGGGCCUGACCACUGCACCCCCACUGCUCGAAGAUAUAGCCACCACAACUGAUGACUCAUUUACGAAGUUGGUUGCAGGCAAACCACCCUUCGUCCCAAAAACUGAUGAUCAGACCAGCACAGAAGUGGUGCCAACAUCUGCCAUGCCAGCAACUCAGAGGCCACAGGUUACAGAGGAAGCCACUGAUGAGGCAUCUACUUUUUACAGUUCUACCAACACUUUAACUACAAUGAUUCCUCCUGUCACCACCCAUCGGCUCCAAACAAGCACCACAUCACAAGCGCAAACAGAACACACGACCAUCGUUACCACAGACGUUGUUCAGGUACUGCGGACGACACCCACCACAGCCCAGAUUCCGCUUACCUCGCCUACUGGUGGACAUCAGGCACCCAGUACAUCUGAUUCUGCUGAUGUCACCACCCUGCACUUAGAAACCAGCACGGCAACGCCAGGGAACGCUACUGCACAUGGCAGACGUGCAACUACACCUUACAGCAAGAGCACCUCCACCAAGACCACUGUGGUGGUAACCACCAGAAGCGCCACAGAGAUGGGAACGACAACCACACAGAUACCUUUUAGAUCAACAGCAUCACCAGAUUAUGUGUGUGGUCCUCAAACUUGUGCAAACGGAGGCAGCUGUGUUAGAUCAGCCAAAGGAAGUUACCUCUGCCAGUGUCUUCCUUCAUGGACAGGACCCUUCUGCAUGCAAGAUGUGGAUGAAUGUGUGACUAGUCCGUGCCCCCAGGGUUCAGUGUGUGUCAACACAGGUGGCUCUUUCAGCUGUGAAUGUGCCCUGGGCUUUGACUUGGAGGAUGGCCGCAGCUGUACACAAGUGAAGACAUUUUUGGGCACUUUCACCAUCAACAGCUCAAUGCAUCUCAGAAGUUCAGGUCUGCAUGAGCUGCACAGAGAGAUUUUACAGCUGCUCAAUGCCUCACUCUCCAUCUUCCAUGGUUACAGACGCUCCACUUUGGAUAAAAGAGAUGGAGAAGGUGUGCAGAUCUUAGCAGUGAACAUGUUUUCGCUCCCCACCAAUGUGAGCAGCACAGAUGUUUACAACAGCAUCCAGAUGUCCCUGAGCAACUGUAGCCGGACGUACUCACACUGCACCAUUAAGCUUCAGCACCAUCUCUCCUAUCAAGCGGAGAGCCUGUGUUUGGCCCAGAACACCAAGUGUGAUUCGCAGUACUCUGUGUGCACAGACACUAGUGGAACCCCAUACUGUCAGUGCCACCCAGGAUAUUUUAAAAAGAAUCCAGGGGACAUGACCUGCAGAGACUGUGGAGAUGGACGCAAACUUGUUAAUGGCAGCUGUGUAGAGUGCAUGUUUGGAUUUGGAGGUUUCAACUGCAAUAAUUUCUAUAAGCUGAUAGCCGUGGUGGUCUUUCCUGCUGGAGGAGCUCUUCUGUUGAUUGUCGUCAUUGCCCUCGUAGUCACUUGCUGCAAAAAGGACAAAGAUGACAUCAACAAAAUCAUUUUUAAAAGUGGAGACCUUCAAAUGUCGCCCUACGCAGAGUUUCCUAAGAGUAAUCGUGUGUCUAUGGAGUGGGGCCGAGAGACUAUUGAGAUGCAGGAGAACGGCAGUACCAAAAAUCUCCUGCAAAUGACAGACAUUUAUUACUCGCCUGCACUGAGGAACUCUGACCUGGAACGUAAUGGUCUGUAUCCGUUCUCCGGCCUCCCCGGUUCGAGGCAUUCCUGCAUCUACCCAGCUCAGUGGAACCCUUCCUUCACAAGCGAUGAUUCACGGCGAAGGGACUACUUCUGACAGCCUUACCUAGCACAUGUGCAAUUUGAGACUGCAGAUAAGCUCUCCCUGUAUGGUUGGACCUGUUGCAGAUCUUGGAGCUGAAUACUUACCACUAAAGGCCUUUGAAUGUGAAAAUGAGCUGGCAGGAAAAGACCAUCAUCUGUGAGACUGGAAGAAAGCUGCAGAGGCCUGUCGGGAUCAAUUUAGCAUUUGCACACAGUCCUACAGUAAGACUUUAAUUUCUGGUGUGGAGCUGAUAAACUGAUGGUCUCACAGCUCCUCGCAGAGCGUUCAUACUUCAGUGGAAGUCAGUGAAUUUAGAAUAACACACAAGAUGCCUGAGCUACAGUAUAACUUUUAUAUUAUAAAAGUUUGCACUAUGAACUCCUCAAACCGAUAUUAUCUCAAAUUGAAAAAGCCAUAAAUGUAUCCUAUUUAAACUUAGAAUGUACCCACCUUGUUUGAACUGAGUUUUGUGAGUGACGUGGUAUCUAGACGUCUGUUUGUGUAUCUUAAUUCACAGUUAAAGGGAUAGUUCACUCCAAAAUGAAAUUUUUGGUAUCAUGUACUCGCCUGAAAAUACCUUUCAUUCCUCGGUGGAACAACAAAGGAUGUAUUUAAAACAUAACGUCAAAGCUGCCCUUCACUAUAAAAUCUUUUCAGACUCUUUCUCAUAGCAUAUGGAUUCAGAAGACAUGGAUUAUACUGCAAGUCUUAUUGACCAUUAUCAGGAUGUUUUUUGAUGCUCUUUGGAGCUUAACAGCCUCUGGUCCCCAUUCACGGGUCCCGCAUUGUAUGGAAUAGAGCAGUGUGAAGAUUGUUUAAAACAAUAUGAGGCCAUUAUUACAUUUUUGGGGUAAACCAUCCAUUUAAUGCUUUGUAGUGGUAUUGUUUUUAUCUGAGAAAUGUUGAGAGAUGUACGCUGGAGAAUUAAACCUGUGUGAAAGCUGGUAGGACUUUGAAACACAGUAUUAUUGGAUUCAGCAUUCGUGUGAAAUGUAGCAAAUAUUGCCACAAGGUAUUACCGUUUGUUUGAGCAACAGUAAUAAUCAUAAAACGCAGUGCUGCCUUGUUUGUGUCCUAAUUUAUUUUAUUUAAGUUUUGCGUUUUAGAUAAAGAUACUGUAGUAUUAUCUGAGGACCUCCAAUGUGUUUGAAUGGAUGCUUGGUGGUGCAUGAGAUGGACCUGGUUCCAGGUGUCCGUUUUAUUUGAUCUAAUGUGUGUUCUUGUGAGAUGUGCUUAAUUUGUAAUCUUUAAUAUCAGAGACUGCUUUCAUCAUUAGCAUUUCCCCCUCCUCUGCGGAUGGACACUUGAAUCUGGCGUUGUAGUCAGAAUUGUGUUGUAAAAUAAUAGAGAAAUAAAGUUAGAUUUCUUAUGUU